CUGAGCAGGGAAAAAAAAAAAAAACAGAGAGAAAAGCUUGAAGCCCUUUUAUUCACCGUCCAUUGGCAGUCACUCUCACCCCUUUAUAACUCCACUCCUCUCCCCUUCUCCUUGCACGAACGCGGUAGCUAGAGAAAGAGAUACAAAAUAGCACUAAAAGAAGAAUUUCUACCAAUGGAGAGCCAUGGCUCCUCUUUCUCUGGCUUGGACUCUUACUUUCGAGCCCUGGCACAGACCCCAGCCCGUCUAGCCAGGCGAGCUUGUUCAGUCUCAACAUCGCAUGAAGAAAUGAGCCAGGUCAAAGCAAGGUCUGGUUCUGUCAUGCAAAGAACUCUUCGUUGGUACGACCUUGUUGGGUUUGGCAUCGGUGGUAUGGUUGGUGCUGGUGUUUUCGUCAUCACUGGUCAUGCCAGCCGUCUCCGCGCUGGCCCUUCAGUUGUUAUCUCCUAUGCCAUUGCUGGUCUCUGUGCUCUGCUCUCUUCCUUCUGUUACACCGAGUUUGCCGUUGACAUGCCCGUCGCCGGCGGGGCUUUCAGUUAUCUCCGUAUCACUUUUGGUGAAUUUGCUGCGUUCUUAACCGGUGCAAAUCUUAUAAUGGAUUAUGUCAUGUCAAACGCUGCUGUUGCUAGGGGCUUCACUGCUUAUCUAGGCUCAGCAAUCGGCAUCUCUACAUCAAAAUGGAGACUUGUCAUCCAUGGACUCCCUGAUGGCUUCAAUGAAAUUGACACUUUCGCAGUUCUUGUUGUCUUAGCCAUUACUCUCAUCAUCUGCUACAGGUACCAUUAUUGUUUGUUUUUUAAAUGUUCAGCGUAUUCUCAUCAGACCAGCUUACGCGUACUAAAUUUGAUUAGCUUGUUCUUGUUUUGUAGCACAAGAGAGAGUUCAUUGGUGAACAUGUUGUUAACAAUUCUACACAUUUUGUUCAUUGGAUUUGUGAUACUAAUGGGAUUUUGGAAAGGAGAUUGGAAAAACUUCACACAGCCUGCAAACCCAAACAACCCAUCUGGGUUUUUCCCAUUUGGAGCUCCUGGUGUGUUCAAUGGAGCAGCCAUGGUGUAUUUGAGUUAUAUUGGAUAUGAUGCUGUUUCUACUCUAGCUGAAGAAGUCCAUGACCCUGUUAAGGAUAUCCCCAUCGGAGUUUCAGGCUCUGUUAUAAUUGUCACCAUUCUUUAUUGCCUCAUGGCUGCUUCAAUGUCCAUGCUCCUCCCUUAUGAUAUGAUAGAUGCGGACGCACCAUUCUCAGCAGCAUUCAGAGGGGAAUCAGAUGGCUGGCAAUGGGUUUCUAAUGUGAUAGGGAUGGGGGCCAGCUUUGGGAUUCUUACAUCAUUAUUAGUUGCAAUGCUGGGACAAGCUAGAUACUUGUGUGUGAUCGGACGGUCCAAUGUUGUCCCUGCUUGGUUUGCUAGGGUCCACCCAAAGACAUCAACGCCUGUUAAUGCUUCCGCAUUUCUUGGAAUCUUCACUGCAGCAAUUGCGCUGUUCACUGAUUUAAAUGUCCUCCUCAACCUUGUAUCAAUAGGCACGCUAUUUGUCUUCUACAUGGUGGCCAAUGCUUUGGUUUACAGACGUUACGUCGCGAUAGGGACGACUAAUCCAUGGCCUACAUUAUCCUUCCUGUGUUCAUUUUCCUUCACCUCUAUUCUAUUCACUCUCAUAUGGCAUUUCAUGCCUAAUGGCAAGGGAAAAGCCUUUAUGCUCGGUGCUUGCGCGGUGAUAGCGAUUGCAAUAAUACAGCUCUUUCAUUGCAUUGUGCCACAGGCAAGAAAGCCUGAAUUUUGGGGUGUUCCGUUGAUGCCAUGGAUACCAUGUGCAUCUAUCUUCUUGAACAUAUUCCUGUUGGGGUCUCUUGAUGGUCCAUCCUAUGUGCGGUUCGUCUUCUUUUCAGCUCUCGCUGUGCUUGUAUAUGUUCUGUACAGUGUCCACGCUAGCUUUGAUGCUGAAGGGGGAGGCUCUAUCGGUCAAAAGAAUGGCGAGAUUGCGAGGGAAUCAGACGAGAGCGAGGACCAUAUUAAUUCUUUCAAAGUGUAAAAAUCUCUCCUUUCUCUUUACCUUCUUUCUUGGUAAUGACUUCUACUUUUUGAGCGAUUGAUGGAUAAGAAAAAAGGAGGGCCUAGGAUAGAAUAAAGAAUUGUGCAAUUUUGCAGGAGUCGCUACCUUGUAUAGCUGGUAAAUGGGAGUAGGAAAAGAAGUCAAUCCCCUCGUGUUUUCUCACUAAAAUCCAAGUAUUAUUGUUGAAUAAAAGGGAUUUUGACAUUGAAUAUAUAAAAAGUGGGAUUUUGUAGAAAA